AUGACUGAUAGAAAGCAUCCUCGUUCAGUUGCUGCCACCUACCAGGGCAAGCGAACUGUGAAAAAUGGUAGAAAGGAGAUGAGGCAGAUCAAAAUGGCUCACCAUGGAAAGAAAGCAAUGAAAGAGGAAGAAAAAGGCGUUUCUAGCAGCGAGGACGACGAAGAUGAGGACGGAAUCACCGAAAAGGAUGAAGUUGAAGAUGAAGAUCAAAAAAAGAAACAAGUCUACAGUGCGCUAUUGACUCUUUUGAAUGCAGAUCGACCAGCUAAGAAGCGCAAGAUAGCAUCGAAGAAAGAGCGCGUAGCUAGCGGCGUGCAGGAAGAUGAGGGAGAAACGAAGGCCAGAGGAGAGGAAGGUGAAGAAGAGACUAUUGAAAACGGGUUACUUGAAGUGCAGAGCGAGGACGACGAUGAGGAGGAAAUGGAGCACGGCGACGAUGAAAGUGAAGAUGAGCAAGAUCCGUUUGAGUCGCACUUCAAUGGCAUUUCCGAGGCAGACACCGACAAGCUUUGGGAAGCAUUUAAUAAUAGAGAGAUCAAGUAUAAAUCUGCUAAAAUUCCAAUGGGAAAGGAAGAAGACUGGAUAUAUUCAAGACCCAUUUUACCUGAGCAAGAGGCCAAAUCGAAUCCGCCAGCGCUCAAAGAAUCGAUUCACGCAUACUUCAUUAAAAAACGUCUUCGGAUAAAUAACGACCUUCUAGACCCUUCACAAGAUCCAUUGACCCGUUUACAAAAAAAACUGGUAGAUCCUAUGUUUCAAUAUAACGACAUAUUGUAUGAGUACUCGAACUAUGACCAGGAGAGUGAGUACAGAGACCUGUAUGUUUUACACUUGUUAAAUCAUGUUUACAAGACUCGCGAUCGAAUCCUGAAAAAUAAUCAGCGAUUACAAGAUAAUAAUGAUCAAGAGUUUUUAGAUCAAGGUUUCACAAGGCCCAAGGUGCUAGUGGUUGUUCCUACUAGAAAUACAGCUUUUGAGGUAAUAAGUAAGCUUAUCGAAAAAUCGGGAUUAGAUCAAGUUGAUAAGAAGGCCAAGUUCAAUGACCAAUUUUUCGACAGUUCUCUUCCACCGUCAUCUAAGCCAAACUCUUUUCAACAUGUGUUCAAGGGAAACACUAAUGAUUUCUUUGUGUUGGGAGUCAAAUUCACUAGAAAAACAAUCAAGCUGUACAGUAAUUUUUAUCAGUCAGAUGUGAUCUUCUGUUCACCUUUGGGUAUCCAAUUAAUUUUAGAGAAUACUGAUAAGAAGAAAAGACAAGACGAUUUUCUGUCAUCAAUUGAGCUUAUGAUUAUCGACCAAUUGCAUUCUAUUGAAUAUCAGAACUUACUUCAUGUGUCGACUAUUUUUGAUCACAUUAACAAGAUCCCACUAGAACAGCACGACGCUGAUUUCAGUAGAAUUCGCAUGUGGUACAUUAAUGAUCAAGCUAGAAUGUUCAGGCAAACGAUGAUCUUCACUAAAUAUGUGUCUCCCUUUGCAAAUUCACUCAUAAAUGGAAGAUGUCGCAAUUACUCAGGUCGAUGGAAAAAUCACCACUCAUUAUCGGCAGAAGAAUCUAGCAUUGGUCAACUAGGAUUAAGAGUUCGACAAAUAUUCCAGCGUUUUGACCUUGUAGGUGGCUCAGCAAUCGAUGAGCCUGACUAUCGCUUUAAGUUCUUUACCAGUGUGAUGGUUCCUAAUAUUGUCAAAUCCACUGGUUACGAAGAUGGUAUUUUGCUGUAUAUUCCUGAUUACACUGAUUACGUCCGUGUUAGGAAUCAUCUGAAGGAAAAAACGUCUGUUUUAUUUGGUGAUAUUAAUGAAUAUUCAAGCCAGCGCCAACUGACAUCGAACCGGGCACUUUUCAAAGAAGGGCGUGUCAAAGUUCUGCUCUAUACAGAGAGAUUGCACCAUUUCAGGCGAUAUGAUAUAAGUGGGGUCAAAACUGUAUUAUUUUACAAGCCCCCCAAUAAUCCUGAAUUCUAUGACGAAGUUGUGAGAUACAUCGGAAAAAGUGCUUUUCUGGAAAACGCUGAUUUGAACAUUUCAGUUGUCAGAUGCAUUUAUAGUCAGUUAGAUGGUCUUGCCCUUGAAAAGAUUGUAGGAACGAAGAGAGCAGCCGUCUUGGCUCAUGGGCAAAACGAGGUGUAUGAAUUUAAAUAG